UUAACACACAUUUCCCUCUCUAAACCCUCCCUCCGCCACCAUGAGCGCCACCGGUAACCCACGGAAACGCCAGCAACCGCCAACGCCGGCAACUCCAUCUCCUCAACUGAAGCAUCAAGCAGCGAUGGAGGAAGAGGAGUUAGACGAGGACGUAUUCCUCGAGGAAACCCUACUCCAGUACGAGGAGGAAGACUCGCAGCGCCGUGCCCUCGCCGACCGUCUGGCCAAGUGGAAGCGUCCAGCGCUUUCCCCUUCCCUCUUGUCCCAGUCCCAGAACAUCGUAUUUCAACAGUUGGAAAUUGAUUAUGUUAUUGGAGAUAGCCACAAGGAAUUUCUUCCAAGCUCUUCAGGUCCGGCUGCAAUUAUUAGGAUUUUUGGGGUAACCAGAGAAGGACAUAGUGUUUGCUCUCUUGUACAUGGAUUUGAGCCAUAUUUUUACAUCAGCUGCCCUCCAGGAAUGGGUCCUGACGACAUAUCCCAUUUCCAUCAAAUUCUUGAGGGUAGGAUGAGGGAAGCAAACCGGAAUAGUAAGGUUCCCAAAUUUGUUCGUCGCAUUGAACUGGUUCAAAGAAGAAGCAUAAUGUAUUAUCAACAGCAGAGUUCUCAGCCCUUUCUUAAAAUUGUAGUGGCACUGCCAACAAUGGUUACCAGCUGUCGUGGUAUCCUUGAUAGAGGAAUACAAAUUGAUGGACUUGGCAUGAAGAGUUUUAUGACCUACGAGAGUAAUGUUCUUUUUGCUCUCCGUUUCAUGAUCGAUUGCAACAUAGUUGGGGGCAAUUGGAUUGAAGUUCCUCAUGGAAAAUAUAAGAAGACAGCAAGAAAUCUCUCCUAUUGCCAGUUAGAGUUCGAUUGUCUUUUUUCGGACUUGAUCAGUCAUGUUCCUGAAGGGGAAUUCUCGAAGAUGGCUCCUUUUCGCAUAUUAAGCUUUGACAUUGAGUGUGCUGGGAGGAAAGGCCUUUUCCCUGAACCCACUCAUGAUCCUGUUAUCCAGGUGGCGAAUCUAGUGACCUUGCAGGGAGAAGAUCAGCCAUUUGUUCGUAAUGUGAUGACUCUUAAGUCAUGUGCACCUAUUGUUGGUGUUGAUGUCAUGUCAUUUGACACGGAGAAGGAAGUUCUAUUAGCUUGGAGGGACUUUAUUCGUGAAGUGGACCCAGACAUUAUAAUUGGUUAUAACAUCUGCAAAUUUGAUUUGCCAUAUCUCAUUCAGAGAGCUGAGGUAUUGGGGAUAGCUGAAUUUCCAAUACUUGGACGCAUUCGGAACAGCAGAGUCCGUGUCAAAGAUACAACUUUUUCUUCCAGACAAUAUGGGACCAGGGAAAGUAAGGAAGUUACAGUUGAGGGGAGACUUCAAUUUGAUCUGCUACAGGCUAUGCAAAGGGAACACAAGUUAAGUUCGUAUUCGCUAAAUUCUGUUUCUGCACACUUUCUUAACGAGCAGAAAGAGGAUGUCCAUCAUUCAAUUAUAUCUGACCUUCAGAAUGGGAACUCAGAAACGAGGAGGCGUCUUGCUGUCUAUUGUUUAAAGGAUGCUUACCUUCCACAACGCCUUUUGGACAAAUUGAUGUUCGUUUAUAACUAUGUGGAGAUGGCUCGAGUAACUGGCGUUCCCAUCUCGUUUCUACUUUCCCGAGGGCAGAGUAUUAAGGUGCUGUCUCAGCUUCUGAGGAAAGCAAAACAGAAGAAUCUGGUUAUUCCAAAUGUGAAACAGGCUGGAUCUGAACAGGGAACCUAUGAGGGUGCAACUGUUCUGGAAGCCAGAGCAGGAUUCUAUGAGAAGCCUAUUGCGACACUGGAUUUUGCAUCUUUAUAUCCAUCAAUUAUGAUGGCAUACAACUUGUGUUAUUGUACACUGGUAACUCCAGAAGAUGCGCGGAAACUUAAUUUGCCUCCAGAAUGUGUCAACAAAACUCCAUCUGGGGAAACAUUUGUCAAAUCAAAUUUACAAAAGGGAAUACUACCAGAAAUUCUUGAAGAACUUUUGGCUGCUCGUAAAAGGGCUAAAGCAGAUUUGAAGGAAGCAAAGGAUCCUCUUGAGAAAGCCGUGUUAGAUGGUCGGCAACUGGCUUUGAAGAUAAGUGCAAAUUCUGUUUAUGGGUUCACUGGAGCUACAAUUGGUCAGUUACCUUGUUUGGAGAUAUCUUCAAGUGUUACCAGCUAUGGUCGACAAAUGAUUGAACACACCAAAAAACUUGUGGAAGAUAAAUUCACCGUGCUUGGGGGUUAUGAGCACAAUGCUGAGGUCAUAUAUGGAGAUACAGAUUCAGUUAUGGUGCAGUUUGGUGUGUCCUCAGUGGAAGAAGCCAUGAACUUGGGUAGGGAAGCUGCUGACUACAUCAGCGGCACUUUCAUCAAGCCCAUAAAGCUAGAGUUUGAGAAGGUUUACUAUCCAUAUCUUCUAAUUAGUAAGAAGAGGUAUGCUGGUCUUUACUGGACAAACCCAAAGAAAUUUGACAAGAUGGACACCAAAGGGAUUGAAACCGUUCGAAGGGAUAAUUGUUUGCUGGUCAAAAACUUGGUGACUGAAUGCCUUAAUAAAAUACUGAUAGAAAGAGAUAUCCCUGGUGCUGUUCAGUAUGUCAAGAACACAAUCUCAGAUCUUCUUAUGAAUCGCAUGGACUUAUCCCUUUUAGUUAUCACCAAGGGUCUGACAAAGACAGGAGAUGACUAUGAAGUUAAAGCAGCACAUGUUGAGCUUGCGGAACGGAUGCGCAAGCGGGAUGCGGCUACUGCUCCAAAUGUUGGGGAUCGAGUCCCUUACGUCAUUAUUAAAGCAGCAAAAGGUGCCAAGGCUUACGAAAGAUCAGAGGACCCCAUCUACGUGUUAGAGAACAACAUUCCUAUAGACCCUCAUUACUACCUCGAAAAUCAAAUUAGCAAGCCAUUGCUUAGGAUCUUUGAACCAAUCUUGAAGAAUGCUAGUAAAGAGCUUCUUCAAGGAAGUCAUACGAGAUCUAUUUCAAUUUCUACCCCUUCAAACAGUGGCAUCAUGAAGUUCGCCAAAAAGCAACUUACUUGCAUUGGAUGCAAGGCUUUGAUUAGUAAUUCAGAUCAUACUCUAUGCUCGCAUUGCAAAGGAAGAGAAGCUGAACUUUAUUGCAAGUCUGUAGCUAAUGUUUCUGAAUUAGAGGAGCUGUUUGGUAGGCUAUGGACACAAUGCCAGGAGUGCCAAGGCUCUCUUCAUCAGGAUGUGCUGUGCACUAGCCGAGAUUGUCCAAUAUUUUACCGGAGGAAAAAAGCACAGAAAGACAUGGCAGAAGCCAAGCUACAAUUGGAUCGAUGGAACUUCUGAUCCUUGAAGAGCUUGUUGUUGAUGCGAAAAUGCAACAAGCCUGUAAUCCUGGUUGGAUGAUAUUUCAUCUGUGUACUUGGUGGUCGCAUGCUGGCAUCCUAGCAAAGUGCAACUAUAUUUUGCUGACUAGAAAAGGCAAAGCAAGGUCAAAGUGGAGUAGGAUGCAAUGGAAAGCUGUGCAAUUAGCAAGCAAUAGCAAGACUUUGAGAUGCUUAUAGGUGAGAGUGACGGCCAAAUAUUUUACUGAGUUUCAAGGCUUUCAGUUGGCAAAUAGAUCUUGACAAAAGAUGCUUAGCAUCAAGUUUGCACAUGUCUCGUUUGUAAACGACUUCUAAUGGAGGAUUUGCCAUGUGUUGUACUACAAUUUAGAAAAGCAUAGAAGCUGUUAAGUCAGUUCUAGUUGCCUCAUUGUAUUCCUUUUUCUUUUUCUGGUUGUCCAUUUGUAGAUAAAUUUUUUUCCUUUAAUCUAUUGUAUCUUGUAGGUA